GCCAGACACCCUCCUUGUCAGCGAUGCUGCUGCUUUUCCUGUUGGCCCUGCUGUGGGCAGGGUCCCUGGCUCAGGACAGAGGAUACCAGGUGGCAUUUCAGGGGCCUGUGACAGUGCAGGAGGGCCUGUGUGUCUCUGUGCUCUGCUCCUUCAACUACUCGAAGAACAACCGGUAUUAUGCUCCCCCCACUUAUGGCUACUGGUUCCGGGAUGGGGCUAAAACAGACUGGGAUGCUCCAGUUGCCACAAACAACCGAGAUCGAGAAGUGCAGGAGGAGACCCAGGGCCGAUUCUUUCUCUCUGGGGACCCCAGGAACUACAACUGCUCCCUGGAAAUCAGAGAUGCCAGGAGGACAGAUGGUGGAUCGUACUUUUUCCGGGUGGAGGGAGGAACUGUUGUAAAACAUUCUUUCAUACAGGAUAAGCUCACUGUGCAUGUGACAGCCUUCAACCACACACCUGACAUCCUCAUACCAGAAAACCUGGAGUGCGGCCGCCCCAUGAACCUGACAUGUUCUGUGCCCUGGGCCUGUGAGCGGGGAACGCCCCACCUCUUCUCUUGGACGUCAGCUGCUCACACCUCCCUGGGCCCCAGGACACAACUGUCCUCCAUGCUCACUCUCACCCCACGGCCCCAGGACCAUGGGACCAACCUCACCUGUCAGGUGCAGUUUCCCUCAGUGGGUGUGACUGUGGAGAGAACCAUCCAGCUCAAUGUCACCUGUGCCCCCCAGAACCCACCAAUUGGUGUCAUCCCAGGAGACGGCCCAGGAAAAUCAGGGCCCAGGCCAGUGGUGGUUUUGGUGGCCAGUGUGGAAGCAACUACUAAGACCUUGGUCAUCUGCCUCUGCAUCAUCAUUCUCAUCUCAGCUGAAUGUCCAUCUCCUCCCCAUGCUGGCCCUGGAUGUUCCUGGGGCCUCAUCUCUUCCUGGGUCUCUGCACCCAUCAGUGUCCUACUUCCACCUCGGUCCUCAACCCAGGCCUCCCAGCUCUGUUUGCAGACACCUGUCAUCCAUGUCCCACAUGGUUUGAUCAGUGACGUUUCCUCUCCACGGCUGGGGACGAGGGACAAACUCCAUAGGAUGAUUUAAGCCGGGCAUGGACUGUGCCCUGCUGGACUCUCCAAUGGAUUCCACCCUCUUCUGGAAUCUCACACCAACUCCAAACCCAGCUGGGCCAGGGCCUCUGUGACUCUGAGACUGCAUGUGCAGCUCCUCCUGCUGAAAUGCCCUUCCCUUCAGAUUCCUAUGUCUCCAAGUGUGUGUGUAAUUCUUAUGUGGUUUUGAAGAAAAUAAUACUUACUUGUUUAUUUAUA